CUGCAACUUUAGAAUAACGGUUUAAUGACUCUGGCAUUGACUUGACUAAUGAGGCAAUGACUAAUAGUAGUACAUAAUAGUAGUCGUCUUCUUUCUUUGCUUUCAUUCUUCCAAAAACAGAAAAAGAUGAGAGAGAGAAUGAUUAUUGAAUUGGUGCUGCAAAUCGCACUAUUGUUGUGGCUAACACUAACAGAAGCAUUAGCAGCAUCACUAGCAAAGCCUGGUUGUCCAGACAAAUGCGGAAAUAUUACCAUUCCAUACCCAUUUGGUAUUGGACCCAAUUGUUUUGUUGAUGUUAAGCCCUAUUACUCGUUUGAGAUAAUCUGCAACAAAUCUUUCACCCCACCCAAACCAUUCAUCACUGGCGUUGACCUUGAGGUGCUUGAAAUCUUUCACCCCACCCAAACUGUUCGUGUCAACAACCCGGUAAUCACUUCUAAUUGUGGUAACAGGGUUAAUAAUCAACUUGUGAACUUGAAUGAUACUCCUUUUUACUUCUCAGACACCUACACCCGACUCACGGUCAUGGGUUGUGACAACCUCGCCUUAAUCACCGACCAAGAUAAGGUUAUAGGGGGCUGCAUGUCCAUCUGCAGUGGUAAUUCAAAAAGUGAAGGUUGCUAUGGCAUCGACUGCUGCCAAACCACAAUCCCUCCACCUCCAUCAUCUGACACAAUCAAUGCAUCUUUCAGAAACAUAGAUUUAAACAAUGAUACAAAAGGGUGCAAAUAUGCGUUAAUGGUGGACCAAGAAUGGUUCACUAACCUGACCAACCCCUAUGUCGUGCGGGAAAUGGAUAAGGUCCCUGUUGUGCUGAGUUGGGGUACAUAUAAGGGAUGCAAUACAUUCGAUUACUACAUUUCUACUGCUUCUAAUAGUUCAUUAUGCGGCACUAAUGCUUCCUGCAGUUUUAAUCAAAGCUCAAUCUACGAACUAUGCCAAUGUGACCACGGCUAUGAAGGAAACCCGUAUUUGCCUCAUGGAUGCCAAGAUAUCGAUGAAUGUGAGAGAAAUGAUACCCAUACCUGUGAGAAAAUCUGUGAGAAUACGCCAGGGAGUUACAAGUGUCAUUGUCCACCUGGAUACUCACCUUUUGGACCCCAUGGAAGGUAUUGCUAUAAACUGAAGGAAGGCAACAGAAAUGUGAUCAUUAUCGCAGGUAGUAGCACGGGUCUUGGAAUACUAUUUUUACUUAUUGGUACAUGGUGGAUGAUUAAACUAGUGAAAAGAAGAAGGGAAAUUAAGCUGAAGGAAAAAUUCUUUAAACGAAAUGGGGGAUUGUUACUGCAACAACAAUUGUCUUCAGGUGAUAGUAAUGUUGAGAAAACCAAACUCUUCACUUCAAAAGAGUUGGAAAAUGCAACUGACCACUUUAAUGAGAAUCGAAUACUAGGUCAAGGAGGCCAAGGUACUGUUUACAAAGGCAUGUUAAUAGAUGGUAAGAUUGUAGCAGUUAAGAAGUCCAAAAUAGUGGAUGAAGGCCAACUUGAGCAAUUUAUUAAUGAGGUGGUUAUUUUAUCACAAAUUAUCCAUAGAAAUAUAGUCAAGCUACAUGGAUGUUGUUUGGAAACUGAAGUACCUUUGCUUGUUUAUGAAUUCAUCCCUAAUGGAACCCUUUUCCAGUAUAUCCAUGACCAAAAUGAAGACUUUCCUCUUUCCUGGGACAUUCGUGUUCAGAUUGCUAUAGAAGUUGCAGGAGCUCUUUCCUAUCUACACUCAGCAGCUUCCAUACCCAUUUAUCAUCGAGACAUCAAGUCCACAAACAUAUUGUUGGAUGAUAAAUACAGAGCAAAAGUGUCCGACUUUGGGACUUCAAGAUCAAUUGCGGGUGAUCAAACUCACUUGACCACAAAAGUACAAGGGACCUUUGGAUACUUGGAUCCUGAGUACUUCCAAUCAAGCCAGUUUACCGAUAAAAGUGAUGUUUAUAGCUUUGGAGUAGUUCUUGUUGAGCUCUUAACAGGACAAAAGGCGAUCUCAUCAGCCAAAUCUGAAGAAUGGCAAAGUUUAGCAGCAUAUUUUAUAUUGACGAUGAAGGAGAAUCGUCUGUUUGAUAUUCUUGAUGCUCGAGUUGUGAAAGAAGGUGUGAAAGGAGAGAUCAUGCGAGUCGCUAAUCUUGCAAAACAAUGCUUGAACUUGAAUAGGAGAAAAAGGCCUACAAUGAAAGAAGUCGCAAUAGAGUUGGAAGCAAUUAGAAUGACACAUGGAGCAUCCACUAUUCAACAAAACUAUAAAGAGGUUGAAUUUGUGGUAGCUGGCCUCAUUAGGCGUGCUGCUUCAACUUCGACAAGCUUUUAUCAAGAUAGUAGUGUAUCAUCAUCGUCAGAUGUCGAAUAUCUAUUAUCAAAGUAAAUAUGGUGGUUGAGGUUUUGUUUUUUCCGUAUAUUACAAGUCCUUCUUUGAAUAAUAGUGUAUAAGCACUGAAAGAUGUUCCUACUUCUAGUGUAUAAGAAAUCAUGAUCAGCAAGAAAAUUUUACUGUCCUCUA